AUGUUUCAACAAGAUCCUCUUAUUGCUCCUCCACCAUCAAUGCUGCCGGAAAAUGGUGUUACGGCACCAAAUGCUGGAGUGAAAAUCGCCAAGAAGAAACUGUCGGAUAGUGAAGACACUUUCGAGAUGUACGUCGAUCAUAGUCAACCAAAGAAGAUCAGAAUAUUCUCGCCGGAGGAGGUUAAAAAGCAGGAAGUUCUCGUGAACGAAUGGAAACGCAAGAUUCAGGAUUGUCUUUGA